GGUAUCUACGAAAACAGUGCGGAAAGAUGUGAUAUCGAAAAAAAAACUUAAUUAUUUUAUCUUUGUCGGACUUUUGUGUGCAAGAUGGAUUGGAAGGCGUUUGUAUUUCUGUUCGUCUGUUUCACCUGUGUUACUUGUAAUCCAGCUAAAAUAGAUUCAAAACGGGACCACUGUAAUAAAACUGUAGAGAUCUACGAGGAUGUGUCUUCACCCCCUGUUACUGCAGAUAACUUCGGACGGCCGCUCACUUGCACGUAUCGGUUCAGGGCUUUCCGCGGUUCUCCCAAAGAUUGGAUUCUUAGGAUAAGGUUCAAGAAAUUCAAAGUUGGUACAUUGAUAAACGGCACCACAUGUCAUAAAGGUUACAUGCAGAUUGUUGACGGUAAUGCUAAAACAGAUGUCUCAAAUAGAAAAGAGCCAGGAUUGUUUUGCGGCGAGAUCGAACAGCCGCAGACUUUUAUAUCGGAAACUAAUUUCGUAAAAAUAGUUUUCCACGCCGACAACUUUACUGACCAGACUUAUUUCAGUUUCGAUUCAAGAGCGGAACAGCAGUUCGAAGUUUACUUGCGAUACGGUCAACAUCCUGAAUUGUAUCCUAAUAGAAGAGGCGAAGUUGUUGCUGGAUCUUACUGCGAACGAGUGUUCCGGGAUUGUCGGCUGCAGACGUGUUAUGUACAAUCCGCUGCCUACCCUGGAGUGUACCCGAGAAAUCUUCAUUGCAGAUACCACCUGAACACGCGGCUGCCCUACAUAAAGCUGUACAUAGAGAAUGAGGAGUUUAAUAUAGAUGGGCAGCGCUGCGAGAAUAUAAUGACGUGCCCCAUGAGGCCGAUAACUUCAGGUUCAGAAAAUUGUCCUUACGAUUACAUAAGAAUCUACGACGGCAAGGACGAGUCAGCCUCAGUGAUCGGUACAUUCUGCGGCAUGGGGAAGUUUCCCUAUUCCAUUAUUGGCACUUCCCAGGAUUUGUUCGUGGAGUUUGUCAGCUCGCCAGCAGGGCCUUUACUUAACACUGGUUUUCACUUCAACGUGGGCAACUGGCCGGGCCACGUGGAGGCUGCCGGCUCAAGAGUCGGCACCUGCGACUGGCUGCUCACUGCCGACUCCCUCAAGAAAUCAGGAGAUUCCGAGGGGAUAUUCCUCUCGGUAGCCCACUGGUACCCUCCGCACACGUCCUGUACAUACCUGAUGCAAGGAUUCCCUGGACAGGUAGUGAGAUUGUACUUUCCAAGCUUUCGCAUUAAUCGUAUCGAAUCACCGAUAGUUCCAUGGAAUGGCGACUGUGGGGAAUCUCUCACACUAUACGAUGCUCCUCGACCCGACGAUGCUCGGAUUAUCAAAACAUUUUGUGACACAUUCAGCAGACCAAUGGAGAAACACGAUUUUGUUUCCACAGGAAAUGCGAUGUUCGUACGAUUUGAGAGUAAAACUGGAAGCUAUAGCGGCUCCUCGCUCUACUACUGGGCUCACUACGAUUUCUUCAACAAUACACGUUUCGGUGAACCCGUACAAGGAACUGCGUGUGACGAAGUCAUAGCUUCAUGGAAACAAAGAGCUGGUCGUCUCCGAUCACCUCUCAACACCCUCGUAUACAAACAAGCACCUCCCGGAGAAGACGUACAUUGUUUGUACAGAUUUGUUACUGAUAAACGAAUAUUCGCAAGAGUUAUAUUAACAAUACUAAAUGUUAAUUUCAAGGAACAUCCUUAUACAGCAGUCUCCUGUCAAAAUUGCUACGAAGAUCGAGCCGAUAAACUUAUUAUCUGGGAACCGCAUCCUGGUCGAGUUGUUAAUACUUCAAGUGGUAUCAGUACUACACCUUUACCUUUACAUUUAGCGGUACAAAGAUCACUUGGCUCUUGUCUUUGUGCAAAACACGCAAAUACAGUAUCUAGAGCAAGACCUUACAGAGUGGUGUCUUCUGGAGAAUCUUUAAAUUUGCAACUUAUCGUUGAUAACGCUCACGCAGCGGCUUCGUAUUUCAAAAACCCUUCACCAUUAUUUGAAGCUCGUUAUGAAUUCGUUCACGGACCACUUUGUGGACCCGCGGUAUUAGCUGCGGCUCUAGACGGUGAAAUUGUAUACCCACAUUUAGAAGCACUAGGCUACACAGAACCACCGAAGAGAAUACAAUGUAUUUGGGAUUUGGAAAUCGAAGAGAAACGCGAUAUUUGGUUACAUUUCGAUAGUAUUAAAUUUGCAUCGCGACAUUGUGAUGAUGGUAACAUUCAGAUAUAUCUGCCGGGAAGAAUUGAACCGUAUCUCUCAAUUUGUGGUGAAAAUGUAUCAUUAGCACGAGAAUUACCGAUACUUUCAGCUGGUGAAUUAGGAUUUGAAUCAUUAGAUGAUCCUCUUGUUAUAGAGAAAGAGAAAACUAGAUCGAUAAGAAUAGUAUUCAUCGGGAGUGCGUCACCAGCUAGAGCGACAUUCAAAAUUGCAUGGACAGGUUUAUACCAUUUGCCUAAAAACUCUGAUGGUACUUUAAUGACGUCACGUUUAACCGAUGGCGUUAGUAAAUCUAAUUCUGGUCAAGGUUGUGAUUUCAUUUGUCCCGGAGACGAGGCUCUUUGUAUUCCAGCUAAAUUGAUCUGCAACGGUGUUGUUAAUUGUCCUAAUGUAACAACAAGCGAGAGGAAAUUCUGGACAGCUGAAGAUAAAAGAGCUAGGGAGUCUUAUUCUGAGGAUAGUUUACGUAGGUUGGGGUAUUUAGAUGCGAUCGGAAUACCUUUAGGGCAGUUGCAUGAUGAAGCUCCUGAGCUUUGUGCGGGUGCUAGUGCUAUAGGUGGGGAUUGGUUGGCGCCUGCGUUGGGUGCGGGUUUGGCGGUUGCUUUAGCUAUCUGUGCGUUGGGUGCAGCUUGGCGGCUGUGUUGCCGCAAACGAUCUCCCGACGAGGAGUCCCUGGAUUACUGACACGCGGCUCGCGGCGCUCCGCACGCGCCGCCUUCCCUGCGCUCCCGCUCGGCCUCCAGGGACUACGGACUGGAAUGGAGUCUCCAUUGACAGACGGCGUACUGAGCGCCGCAACCCUCCUUCGUUUACUAGAAUUAAAUCUAACAUUUUAUACAAUUAACAGUAUUACCUAGUUAAUAAAGUUGUUUUGUACAUAUAAAUAUGAUAAAAAAAACACUAGGGUAUUUUCGUAAUGAUUAGUUACCGUUUACCUUUUGUGUUGCCUCCUCUUUUGUUUGGAAUAAAAUAAGUAAAUUGUUGUGAAAAUCAUUGUUAUUCCUUAUUGUAAAUUUUGUAAAAGACAAAAUUGUGAUUCCUUGUUAUCAAACGAUUGGGGGGUGGACUAAAAUAAUAUGGCGUUCAAAUAGUUUUUAGGUAUGAAUGUAUAUAUUCAAUAUUUGUUCUUUGUCUAUUGGAAGCUUGAAAACGAACGAUCAUAGGUUUAGAACAAGGUGAUAGUAGCCGUACAAUUAACGAAGUAACUAUCUAAUUAAUAUUAGGCUUUAGGAUUUAUAAGCACAUA